AUGAGUUCAAUAGAUUCAAGUCCUCAGCUACAGGCUCGUAAGGCUUCGAUUGCUAGCGACGAUAAUAUACGUUCUGGGGGCAGCAAGACUAGUGGCAACGUGUCUGAGGAUACAGCUUCAACAGUUUCAAACAUAUCGCCAGCUCGCACUGGAGAAUCAAAUGAAAAGGAUGAUGGAAGCAAUAGUACAUGGCAUAAGCUUCAGCAUGGCUUAUCUGGAUUCAGAUCUUUUUUGGGAAACUUGAACUAUAUUUCAGACAACAUAGACUAUUUAAAUGAAAGGGUAGGGCCCUCAUCGCCUGAAAGUGAUCCUGACAGACUAGAAGAGUAUUUACAAAUAGGAACCGAAUCUAUAAAUGGGUUUACACUUUUGCUGCAAAUGGCAUCUCUCUUUGAGCUGUCCAUUCAGAUAUAUCACGCAAUAGAAAACAAGACUGAACGUACGGUCUUAGUCAGACUUUCUCCAAAUAUGAACGGAUCCUUAUCAUUUUCUGGGAUUCUAAAUGAGUGGUAUAUACUUUCUGGGUUAAACCCUCCAAACAAACACAGAUUAUGGACUAAUGAGCACCUCGAUAACGACUACCUACCAAAAGAAGAUUCCAUCGACUUUGACUGUAACAGGCCUGAUUUUCUUGCUCCUGUAACUUUGCCUAGAGGAAUAAAAGGUAUAUUAUAUCCCAGUAAGAUAGCUUACUGUGAUGAAGAAGUGGAGGAUGAAACUUCACAGAAACGUUUUGCAUUGAUCUAUGAUGACUUCCAUUACAAGUCUUUGAAAGACAUUCAUUCAAACCUUAGCAUUCAAGGCAAUACUGAAAUGAGAGGAGGCAGUAGUGUUGCUUCUAGCGUCAGCUCAGAUAGCAUAGUUGUCGGAAACAACAAUUUGAGUGGCUCGUACCUGUUAGGAGUGUCUAAUCAAACCCUGAAUGGCACAAAUCUUACCAACCGCUUAUUUGAAGACAUAGCUAGGAAAGCAAAACAGUCUCCGAAGUCACCACUUAAAGUAAUUGAAAUUAUUAGUGAUAUGAUACAGCUAUUAAAACCCCUAGCUACCGUCCAUGAAUUUGGCAUUGUUCAUAAUGGUAUUACAAGUUCCAACAUCUUGAAGUCAACUGAAAAAGCUUCAAAUGUUGUUUUGACUGGAUGGGAUUUUUGCUUCUCUUUACAGCCCGAGGAUUCGUCAAACGGAUAUCGGAAGAGGCAUUUGGCUCAAGUGCCUGAUCUCUUGCCCUAUAUUUCUCCAGAAGCCACUGGAGAAAUCAAUAAAUCUGUUGAUUAUAGGUCAGACUUUUACGGAAUUGGAAUAGUUUUGUAUGAACUUUUGGUAGGAUGUCUUCCGUUUGUUACUGAUUCUGAUCCUUCCAGGUUGAUUAGGAUGCAUAUAUUACAAAAACCCAUAGCUCCCCACUUAAUCUGCGAAAGUUGGAUAUCAGAGACUUUAAGUAACAUCAUAAUGAAGCUUUUAGAGAAGAAUGCAUCAGACAGGUAUUCUGAUUGUAACAGUCUAAUAAAUGACUUGGUUAAGGUAAAAAACUCAUAUAUUGAUAACAUUUUGCAAAUGAGUCACAGUGUCUCGCAAUACUGGUCAAACGAUGAAAAAACUAAGGAAUAUCUUCUUAAGGAGCCAUAUUUUCAUCCCGAGAAAAAUCAUAUUCCUCCUUCUCAAUUGCUUCCUCGAAAGUUGGUAGGGCGUGAACAGGACUACAAAAACCUCAUUAACUUCUAUUACACGUUUGGAUCUUAUGCUUCAUUCAUAUUCAUCAAAGGGCCAUCAGGUGUUGGAAAAUCGGCCUUGAUGAAUGAUUUAACAGUUGAAGCCAUAUCAAGCCGUGACUACUAUUGCCACUGGAAAUUUGAAAGACUGGAGUCUGGAAACGUCUAUAACUUUUUUCUUCAUUCAAUGAAGACAAUUAUCAAUCAAAUUUUAAAUUCUUCGAAUCAUCAAAUUCAGAAAAUGAAUGAUUUAAUUAUUUCUAAUAUACCCCUAGAUCUUGGAAUAUUAUUUCGUCUAAUUCCCGAGCUUAAGACUUUGCUAGGUCCAAAGUAUAGUGGGAUAUAUGAACGCACCUCAUCCAGCGUUGACACAGAUAAUAAUAAAUCUGAAGAUCAUACGUUUAACCUAGACUUGAAGUUCAGGUACAUUUUGAAAGCUUUUUUUUGCGUAAUUGGACUGCAAGGAUUAACGAUAUUUUUAGAUGACCUUCAUUAUUGCAGCAUGGCAGAAUGGUCAAUGAUAUCUGAGUUUUUGGAUUAUGCUCGAACCAAGAAUUCGAAAGGAAAUAUGUCAAUUCGAAUAGUUACUACAUAUGACGAUCUGCACAAGAACUCGGAUAACUCACUAAACAUCAGGUCAAUUUAUACCUUUUUGAAAACUAGAGAUGCUCAACAUCAUGUUUUAAACUUGAAAUAUCUCGAAAGAAGCAAAUUUGGAGAAUAUAUAAAUGCUGUGAGUACUGUAAACCCCAGACAUCAAGCUGGUCCAAGUAGCUAUGACGAUACAACAAGCUCAUCUUCGAUGUUGAAUAAACUGAAACAAAAUGGAUCUAGCGAACAAGUGCAAACUCUCAGCUCUAAGCUAUUUGCGAUGACAAAAGGGAAUAUAUUAAUCACGAAUUAUUUGCUUCGUAUAGCAGGUUUAACUGGCAACAUAAAGUUAGAUGCAAGUGCAAUUCCUAGCGACAUGAAAUGGCUGUUUACAUUUAGCGAUAAAAUCUUGAAAUUGAAGCAAAGUGAAAUAUUGAAGACUUAUCUCACCUUAGCUGUACCCAACGAAGCAAUAUCUCUUCUAAAGUUUGCUGCGCUUUCAAGUCCUGAGUAUUAUUUCUAUUUAUCUGAUUUGAUAAUUGUUUCAGACUUAUCGAUGGAUGACGUGUUCAAAUUGCUCAACUUAUGUGUGGAAACAAAAAUCAUUGUUCCAACAAGAACCUAUUAUAAACUUCCCUUUCAUCUAAUGAUGUCCUCGAAAUUUCCUAUAGAUAUAAGCGAUUCCGGCGUCUGGAUGCUUGCCACACAAACAAGAUAUAGAUUUAGUCACGAUGACAUACGAGCUGAACUUCUUGAACAGUUAAAUAGCAGUGGUGAUUUAGAGCAGUAUCACAGACUCUGCGGAUUGAGGCAUUACAAAAGGAUCAAGAACUUACCAGAUUUUAGCAUAAGAUAUUAUCUCAAAAUGGCAGCACAUUUCAGUGGCUCGUGGAAAGUAGCCAAAGAUGAUGAAGAACAUAUUUAUUUAGAGGUCUUACUUGCGGCAGGUCGUUACGCAUCAUCAACUUAUAGCGUAAAGGACUCUUUGAAAUUCUUCGAAAUAGCAGACAAGUUUAUCAAACCACGUGAUAAGAAGAGAAAAGUAAAGAGUGCUUUCACUCUAUGUCAAUGUAAUUAUUACUUGAAAGACUACAGAGCUUGCCUUAAGAUAAUCGAUAGCACUAACAAACUUUACAGUUUUAGUGAAACUUUGUUCUUGACGUGGAAAGUGCGAUCUCUUUUCAGACUUGGAGAAACCGAAAAGGGUAUACUAGUUGCAGUCGAGGGUUUGCAAAAAGUUGGGUUUGAUGCUAGUCUUGAUGAGUCAAUUAAUGUAAAGGCUGGAAAAGAAGCUUUGAAGUCUAUUCCAUUAUCAGUUGCUGAAAUCAGAAACUUGAGACUGCUACCUUUAGCAACGGAUCCAGAUACUAGGUUGGCAUAUGAAUUAAUAUGUGAUAUGAUAGCCCCAACUUACAUUCUUAAUAAAAGGAACUUAAGGACAUCGCUUGUUCGACAGUUGAUAACAGCUAUGAAUACGAGGGGUGUCUCAUCAUAUUGUGCUAUUCCAUUAUUGGAAUUUGCCAAUAAUUUGGCGAAAGAAAAUGAUAAGGCUAGCUUUAGCAGAUGCAUUCAGUUUUGUGAAUUUGCUUUGGAAUUAGUCAGUCAAGAUGAGAAGGUUUCCUUUGCUUUCGUUAAAAGUGUUUAUGAAAUAUAUAUCAGUCUGUUGGCAAUAUUCAUUGAACCUAUUGGUGAUGUUUUCAAAUAUUACGACACGUUUAUCAGCUCCACAAAAGCAUUGGGCUAUCAGUCUUCGAGUUUGGAUAUCGUCAAGAAGUCAGCUAAGCUCUAUUUAUUAUACUACACAGGACAUCCAUUGGACCAAAUACUUGCAUCCUGUGACAAUUCCUCCCUUGUGUCGAAUUACCAUCUGUCAAAUGAAAAUGAUUUUCUUUUAGCAGUUUUGCAUUUACUUCAAAGUCAAUUAAAUGUUGAUGAUUUAGAAAAGAUAUAUGAAAACUUGGACCAAAAAUCGAGCGCUGCUACAUUCAGCUAUUACAACCUCAAAACACUCUAUUUCACAAUCACAGGGCGUCUUGAAGAGGCAGAGGAACUCUUGAUCAAUCAUGCGUACCACUUGCUGCAAGAUCUCUCGUUGUCAAUAAUGCACAUAGACUUUUAUUGUCUUGCAGCAUUCGUCUUGUGUCAAAGCAAGCAUCGUAAUGAGAGUACUAGGCAAGCCAUAUUUGAUAAAGCCUAUAAACUGUUUGAAGUAUGGAAUGAAAUGUGCCCAUCUACAUUCGCACCGAAGUUCUUACUUGUCAAAGCCCUAAAAGAUAUUUAUGAAAAUUGCAACUCUUCAUUAUCAAUACUAGAUACGUUUGAGGAGUCGAUCGAACUUGCGAAAGAGAGCGGAAGUUGGUACGAUGUGGCAUGGGGUAGCUUACAAUGUGCAAUAUGGCUUAAGAGGACAGAAGGUAGUCGUCGCAGAAUUUCAUCUCAUGCCAAAGUAGCCUUGGAGACCUUUAGAAGUUUGAAGGCCACGUUGCUAGUUGAAGCAGUUGAGCGAUCUUUUAGUAAUUAUCUUAACGAGUCCUAUAACUGGGCUGGUUUAACUAAUAAGUCUUUAAGCAGCGGUGAUUUGACUAAAUCUUUAGACAAGGGGCGGGGAAUGCCAUUGAAUAAUUCUUUAAAUUCUUUCUUCACCUCUUCUGACUACACUAAGAGGAAUAAAAUUAAAAUAGGUGAAGAAGUGUCUCAAAAAAUGAGAGUAAGAAGGCUGAUGAAUAAUGAAAGAGAUAGCAAUGAAUCGUUAAACAGAGCUGUUCAGGCAUGUUUAGCAAUUUCGGAGUCGUACGAUAAUGAUCUGAUAGUUUUGAAUUUGCUAGAGAGCACAAUUAUCCUUUCGGAUGUGGACUAUGGCGCGGUUGUGGUUAAAAGUGAAAAUGAGCCUUUCAUUAAGGCGGUAGGAUCACCAAAUAAUGUUUAUGGAAUCAAACACCAGCCAUUAAGUUCAAGGAAUGACUUAUGUCCAUUUUCACUACUUACGUAUGUGAUGCUCACUGGGGAAUUCGUUAAUAAAGAUGAAGAUCAUAUACUUUUUGAAAAAAGGUUCGGCAAAGACGAGUAUUUCCUGCAAAAUACAUGUGCUGCUAUGAUAUGUAUUCCUUUAAAAAACCAAGCUGGAGUUUAUGGUGCACUUUACUUGGAGAAGAAUGGUGGAUCUAAAGUGCGUUUACCUUAUUUUGGAGCGAAGAAGCGAGACCUCUUAAACUUGUUGUGUUCGCAGACUGCUAUCUCUUUAGGCAAAGCUAUUCUUUAUUCACAAAUGGAGGUAGCCAAAAAGGCAGCAGAGGAGGCAACUGCUGAAAAAGCCAGCUUCUUGGCCAAUAUGUCUCAUGAGAUUCGGACUCCUUUCAAUUCCUUAUUGUCUUGCUCUAUGUUUCUUCUUGAUACUCCGCUCAACAUGGCACAAAGAGAGUAUGUUGAAACAAUUAAAAGUUCUGCUCUUGUAACUUUGAACAUCAUUGAUGGUAUCUUGGCAUUUUCAAAAAUAGAGCAUGGAUCAUUCACUUUAGAGAAUGCACCAUUUUCUCUAAAUGAUUGUAUAGAAAGUGCAUUGCAACUAGCAUGUGAGCAAGCUGCAGCGAAUGAUUUAGAAUUGGUCUUUUUCAACAGGUGUCAGAACAUAAAAAACAUUUUUGGUGAUCUUACAAGAUUCAGACAAAUUAUUAUCAACUUAGUAGGGAAUUCGGUGAAAUUUACUCAGGAUGGUCAUAUAUUAGUCGAAGUAAAUGCAACGAAAAUUACUUCAGAUAGAUAUAGAAUUCAUGUCUCAGUUGAAGAUACCGGUAUUGGUAUUCCCGAUGAAUCAAAAAGUAAAGUUUUUGGUGCAUUCUCACAAGCUGAUGGCUCCUCAAGAAGAGAAUUUGGAGGUUCAGGCUUGGGAUUGACCAUAUCUAAAAAAUUGGCGGACUUAAUGGGCGGCUCUUUGACAUUCGAAACGUGUCAGAAUGAGGGCAGUGUGUUUCAUUUGGUUUUAAAUACACAGGUUGAGUUGUUAAAGGAACCAGAAAUUACACUCUCAGGCAAAGAGGGCAUGUUUGGAUUCAAUAACGCAGCCUUGAUCUUGGAUAGACGUGUGCUUAGUAGAGAAGCACUUAGAGAGAUGUUGACAUAUUUUGGAAUGAGUGUGACUGUUUCAACGACAGAUAAGGCUGACAAGGAUGAUCUAAAAAAUUUUUCACUAGUAAUAGCUCAUCAGGAAGGUUUCAGUUUCUUAAAGGAUAACAUGAGGCAAUUGCAUAAGGAUUGUAAGAUAAUAGUGGUUGCACAAUUUGGAAAUUUAUUGUCGAAAGAAAUCGAAUCUUAUCCUGUACUUUUAUAUCCGUUCCAAAAGCAGAAGAUUAUAAAUAUGAUCAAUGGUCUCAAAGAAUCCUCUGAAAAUCUUAGCCUGAAUCUGAGCACAUUUACAGAAGCACUAAAGUCUGAUUCACUUCUUUCCGAGCGCUAUCCCUUAAGAAUCUUACUUGCGGAGGAUAACUUGGUCAAUAUAAAGGUUGCGCUUCAGCAUCUAAAAAAACUAGGUUAUGAUGCCGAUCAUGCUAAGGAUGGAGUUGAGGUUAUAGUGAAAUGUGAAAGCUUGUUGGAGAAGGACGAGAAGUAUGAUGUUAUUUUAAUGGAUAUUCAAAUGCCUAGAAAGGAUGGUUUAUCGGCUACUAUUGAACUCAGAGAAUUGUUUGAUAAGAAGAAUAAAUCAGAAUAUGUGCCAAUGAUUGUUGCAUUAACUGCUAAUGUUGCUGGCGAAGACAGAGAAAAAUCUCUUGGCUGUGGUAUGGUAGAUUUUAUAUCAAAGCCGAUUCUUCCAAGCGAGUUGAAAAGAGUCUUGUCAGCAGUCGGUGAGAAUUUGAAGUAG